CUUUAUGGCUGUAAUUAAGCACAAAACUAUAAAUUAAACAAAUAUAAACAAUUGCUUAGCAGCUUAAGGUGCUUAAAAGCUUACAUGGCGUGCUUUUAAUACUGUGUAUAGGUUUUUGCGUUGGCGAAAGUUAAAACUAGAGCAACAAAUUGACAACUCACAGCAAUUAUGUAUUCCGAGUGGGCAUCGUUGUCGCAGCAAAUAAGCGCAAAUAGCUGUGGUGCACAGUGUUUUAGUGUUCUAAACAAAUUUCCAGCCUCUGCGGGACGUGAAGUUGUGUUUUCUGUGGUUAAGCAGCUGGCCACAAAUUUGGGUAUAACCAGCGGUCAUGCCGAGCCCAGCCAUCUGGUUAAGGAUGAGGAGGUCAAAUGGUGCAUGGAUGUUAUAUGUUUUGGACUUUCACUGCCGCUGCAGGAGCAUGAAACCAUCAAGGACUGCGUGAAUGUUUACUGCGAGUGGCUGACCGCCUUGUAUCCACAGCCACGCAUAAGCGUGCCAAGACCAAUAUGUGAAGAUGCGAAUCUCUAUGCACGACAGAUUAUAAAUCAUUUUCAUAAUCUGUUUGUGCCACGCCAGGGUGAAAGUUUGGACACAAUCAAGCGACAGGCGGUUUUGUGUCAUCGUGUGCUACGCACGCUGCAGCAGACCGCACAAUGCUCACAACAAAUGGAUCGAGAGACUUGGGAUACGUUGUUGCUUUUCCUGCUGGCCAUAAAUGAAAUAUUGCUAGCACCGCCCACAGUUAAGGAUGAUGUUGGCGAUCAACUUUGCGAGCGUGUGCUCUCAGUGCUCUUUGAGGUCUGGCUGCUGGCCUGUGUGCGUUGCUUUCCGUCUCCCUCUUUGUGGAAAACGCUGCAAGAGUCUUGUGCGCUGUGGCGUCAUCGCAUAGCGCUGGUGGAUCAAUGGAAUAGAGUAAACUUGGCGUUGACCGCACGCCUGCUGGAGUUUAGUUAUGGUCCAGACUUUCCACAGAUUAAAAAUGCUGAAGAGGAUGCUCAGCUCAUUCCCGCAGGCAUGGACAAUGACUGCGUGGCACAGACCUGGUAUCGCUUUCUGCGCAUGAUUGGCAAUCCCACGGCGCUUUGCUCGCCGCAUGUUAUCAGCAAAUCGCCGCAUUUCGUGCAGUGGGCUUUGACACAUGAGAAAGGCGCCGAGACGCAUCAGCACCCGUGCCUGCAAAUGCUGCCGCAAAUCUUUCUCAAUGCAAUGAAGGGUAUAUCCAGCCAGGUGGAUGCCUUUUUAGGCAUUUACCAAGCAGCGCCAACACAGCCGGAGCAUGUAGUUACCAAUCUGCUAGAGAUACGACACUCGCUAAACGAGGCCACCUCGACAACUUUGCAACAAUUUAUACACUCGAGCAGCGCUUCAAGCAUAAGCACACAGCAGACAAUGCCAGCUCAAGCGACUGCUCAGCACCAGCAGCAGCAGCAGCAGCAACUACAACAUCAGCAUCACCAUCAUCACUAUCCACAUUUGCAUUUACAUGGCGCUGGCAGUUUUCUACGCGAACAUUUCGUCAGCAACUCGGCGAGCUCUGCCUUGAAUGCUAUAAUGGGGCAUCAUCAUCAGUCACAGCACACACAAUCACAGCUACAGCCGCUAAGUCAAUUGCCUGUGGGCAGCAUUAGCGCUGGUGGCAGUCUCUCGGCUGGCGUUGGUGGCAGCAUCUCCUUUAGUCCAGCGGACACAACUGAUGGCAACAUGGUGACGCCAACGCCACCGCUGCAGCGUCGUUUGGCCAAGAGCUUUAGCGUGGCGCCCACAUUAACACAGCAGAAGGGCUUUAGCAAAACCGCAUUUAUCAGUCUAACACGCGGCGCACCGAAUCCCGCACCUACCACGCCCACUUCUGGGCCGUCUUCAGCUAGCAGCAUCAAUUCUCUGCCCUCUAUUGGCGCCGAGCUGCGACCCACUCUGGCAGCAGCACGUCCGAAGUGCAACAGCAUCUUGCAUUUAUUUGGUGAAUGGCUGUUUGAGGCCGCGCACAUAGGCGGCGAUACCUGGCUGCAGAAUCGUAAGAAGCAAGCUUGCGAGGCUAGCAAACGUCCCUCAUCGAUGAUCAUGGAGAAUCGCAAGGGUUCCAUAUCACUUUCGCAGCCCAACUCACUCAAUGAUCCCUCUACGCUGCCGCCCACUCUGACCAUAGAUAAAUACGAAUCUGGACGCGCUGAGGCUAUUGGCACGCUUUGCAAAAUAUUCUGCGCCAAGAAAACAGGCGAGGAGAUUCUGCCUGUCUACCUGGCUCGCUUCUAUAUGGCGCUACAGCAGUGUCUGAAGAUAACCGAGUCCAAGGAGUGCGACGAGACUUUGGCAAGCAUUUUGCUGCAUUCUUCGGAUCUAUUUCGCUUAGACUUGGAUGGCAUUAAUGUGCUUUUGCCGGGCUUUAUAGCGGCGUUGGAAAUUGUCUUGCCCGACAAGGACUUGAAGCUAAAAACACUAGCAAUGACUUUUAAUCGCGCUGAGCUGCGACGCUCCGCAAUUAAUAUAUUGUUAUCCAUUAUGGUGCUGCCUUUGCAUUAUCAAAAUCUUCCCAUACGCACUUUAAACAAUGAACACGGCGAUAAAGCGUCCACAUUUAUACAACUGAAGUCACGCUUGAUGAACAUUUUAAUGAAUGCGCUGCAGGUGGAAACGGAUGCGCAAAAUACGCACAUGCUGCUUGGUGGCUUAUUGCUCUGCGUGCAGGACUCGGUUAGCAUUGAAGAGAGCGAGCUAGGCGGGGAGCACAUGCAGAGCGCGGGCUCUCAUCAUGCCGAAGAGAAUGUGCUAAGCUCCGCUUGUUCAGAGCGUUCCGCUUCAGUGAUUAGCGGCAGCAUCAGCUGCGGCGGUCAUGCAGCUGCCAGCAGCUUGCGUGACACCGCCUCAACACACGAUUAUCCCAGUUUAACCAUAUCCGAUGAUUUAUCUGUUGAGUUUGCACACGAAUUAGAUGGCUUGGCUACCUAUGAUAACGCCCAUGCUCUGUUUGUGCGCGCCACCUAUUUGGUCUGUCAUCGUCUAAUUUCAUCAUGGAAGACCGACUUGAAUGUAUCCUUGGCUGCCUUGGAGCUUCUAUCCGGUCUGGCGCGUCUGCAUAUACGGGAAACAGCCAGGAAUUUUACAAAUGACGCUUUAGAGUGCAAGCGCGCAGUGAAAUGGAUUUGCGACUAUAUAUGCCACCAAUGCUCGCGUCCGCCGCCAGCACACAGCAAGGAUCUGCAUAGCACCAUAGUGGCAGCCUUCCAAUGCACAGCCACUUGGCUAAUGCAGCAUCCGUAUCUCAUGCAGGACAAAGAUUGCCUGCAAACAGUGCUCGAGGUGGUCGAGCUGGGCAUCUCCGGCAGCAAGAGCCAAUGUAAAAAUGGCAAUAUGCCCAAAUAUAAAGAUGAAAAGGAACUUAAGCCCGCCUCAAUGCGUGUGCGCGAUGCGGCAGAGAAUCUGCUGACCAUCUUGCUCGAGCAGGUGGGCUACUUCCCCAGCGAAUGCGGACCGGAGUCGAUAUCCUCGCUGCUUGAUGAGCUGGCGCUAAUGAAGCAUUGCAAUUCAUUGCCAGCCAUAGGCACAGCCGAGCAGGCUAUAUCCAAGUUUAAGUAUUUUGUCACAGAGAACUCAACUAUAUUGGCUUUGCUGGAGGAGCCGCUGGGCAACGAUCAGGACCCGCAGCCCACUGUAACUUUGCUUAUACGUGGUCCGUUUGGACGACAUGCCUGGACCAUGCAGCUGCGACAUUUGCCGCGCAGCAAAUCGGGCAUUAAAUAUCAUGCUGUCAAUCCUGGCCGUCCCAUACCUAUGAACGACAUGACACAACGUCCCGAAACCGAACAGAAACACUUCCCCGAGGGUGUGGAUAAGGUGCAGCCUUGCAUGGCAGACUAUUCCAUACCCACUAUUGAGCAAAUACGCGAGCAAUAUGGCAGCAGCACAAUCAGCCAGCUGGAGGCCAUGCUGGAGACACAAAGCAUACACGAGAAGCUCGCCUGGGCCGAGGCGGACAAUAGCUUGGAUAGUCUGACGCAUGCACAGGAGUGCACGCCACCGCGAGUCUGCCACGAGUUUCAUGCGGCGCGUCUAUUUCUCAGCCACUUUGGCUUUCUAAACUUUGAAAUACGCCAGCCACAGAAUCCGGACGAAGUGCUGGGCACACCACCACAGCGUCCGCUUAUAGUGCUGGAUACAAAGUCAACUGCCUUUGCUGCAGACUUGGACAAGCUGGACAAACUUAGCGCACGCACGCAUGAUACGGUUUAUGUCUUCUAUGUAAAGGCGGGUCAAAGCAGCGCACAGCAAAUUAUUGCCAACAUGACGGAGGAUCAAGCGUAUGAUGCACACUUUGGUCAUAUGCUGCAAACGCUGGGCUGGCCAGUGCAAGUAGCUGAGCACUCGGGCUGGACAGGAUUUGUGCACAACUCCUGGUCGCUCAAGGGCCAGUCGACUGAGUCUGCAGCAGAGCGUCAGCGUGGCGAAUUGAACUAUAAUGGCGCCCAAAGCGUGCUCUACUGGGCGGAUGUCUCUUCGGAAAUUGCAUUCGUUGUGCCCACGUCAUGGAACCUGCGCUUCAACAGCGAGGCUGAUAAUGUUAGCAUAUCCAGCAAUUAUAGCGAUCAAAGCGCCACUAGUAAUGUUUGGGCACGCGGCGAGGAUACGCUCAAGUCGAAGCCGCGUAAUCUGAGCUUGGAGCUGGACAGCAACAAGAGUAAGGAACCAGUGCCGCCCACGCGUCGCAAGGGGAAUGUAACCAAGCCCACGCUAUUGGCGCAAGCUUCGGCAAAGGUAUUCUUAGUCUGGCUGGAGAGCUUUGAGGAUUAUUUAAACUUCCCAUUAGAGGAUCUGCUGGCCUAUGCACGCACUGGCGAGGAGCUGCAAUUAACGCAACUGCCACGCGCUGCCGAUUGUCAUGUGAUCUUUGUGCAUGCGCUGCAAACGGGUUUGCUGCGUGUUAAGCUGCUGGGUCCGCCGGGACGCAUGAGCUUUGCCACGCCGCUGGUGGAUGGCAUGGUGCUCAGUCGACGUGUUGUUGGAAAUUUGGUGCGUCAAACCGCGAUUAACAUAUCCCGACGCAGGCGCUUGGAUAAUGAUAACUAUCAGCCACCGCAUGUGCGUCGGCGUCUCAAGGUGCAGGACAUAGUCCAGAAGUACAAGAUGGACCUAAGCGAGGCUGAGCUCUUGGCUCAUUUAUUCCAGGCACAAAAAUAAACAAUAAUCAUCAGCAAUUUCUACUCGAAGUAUAAGUUUUUAGUAUUUUGUCUAAACAAUUAUUUAUUUAACACACACUAAAACUUGUAAAGUUUAA